UUUGUAAACCGAGCCAUCACUCGCAACAAACGCGAUCGAUCGAUUUCGAUGACCUUGAUCGAAAGAAAAGCACAGGGCGGGCGGAGCACUUGCACGGGGUAUCGUGAUAUUACGUAAAGCGGGCAAUUGUAUAAUCGUUUCGACUACGUGUGGCUGUCCGGCCGGAACGUGUAACAAGGUUAUAACGUCGGCCGAGUAAUUACGCGGAUCGUUGUGCGCUUCCCACACGGUACACCGUAAGCAAGUAUUUUCGUUUAAUCUUUCGCCGUUCCAAUCUCGCUUCUUUCCUUCCUUGGUCGCCCUGGAACGAUUACAAAUCCGUGGACGGAUCUUUAUCUAGCUCGAAAGAGAAGAAAAGGAGAAAGAAAUAUUUCGAUCGGCUCUUUACCGGAUCUAGCCGCGCUAGGCAACCUCUUCCCUCGCUGUCUCGCACUUUCCAUCUUUAUCUCGAGAGUCGGACGCAAGGCUGGACAACUUCAAGGCAACAAACAGACGCUUUUUUUUCUCAAGUUCAAGUUCGUCUGGGGUCCGAGAUCGGCGAACGCCCGGUUUCUUUUUAAGGCAAAGGUGCGGUCUCGCGUGUCUCCCAUACAUACAGGGGAACGUACACGCGUUCUUUCCAUUAUUAUUAUUAUUAUUAUUAAUUAAUAUUCGAAAAUUUCGUCGAUUUGUAUCCAAUCUUCUAAAAGAUUAUUUCGAUAUCCCUCUCUUUCCUACUUCCUUCUCCAAUUUUCGUCCAAGAAAACAAGUCAUAAACGUAUAUAGAUAAUGCGUAGAUAAUCCGGAAUAAUUUCUAUCGAGCCCAAGUUCUUUGUCCUCUUUGUUUGUAAGGCAAGUCGUUGAACGAUAUUUGGAUCGUAAAUCGUUUUUCGAAGGACGAGUCUCGCCUCGAAAGGGGAAAACCUGUUCGCGUUCCUGCAGGGGGAGGGGGGGAAGUUGCUCGAACGCAACCUCCAUGAAAAAGAAGGAAAUGACGCGUAUUGUUGGGACGCCCGUAUCCUCUGUACGCUCAACCUUGAGAUGGAGACGUAGUUAGUCGCUGGGAAAUCGUCGAAAGAGAAGAGUUCUCCGGGAGGAGGAGAAGUGGAUUGGUCGAGCGAGUCGAAAAAAGAUUCGAUCCACCAAGAACAAGAAGAAGAAGAAGAAGAAGAAGGUCCGCUUCCCCGGAGGAACCUGCUGUUGUUGCCCUUCGCGUACGAUAAAAGGGGAUGCAAAAGAAAGAUGGGAGAGUUUCGCGCCCUAUAUAAGCGGCGUUUCCUCGCCUAUCGCGGUGUAAUCGUCCCAUCGUCAUCGUGCGAGACGUGACGUACGCUGUUUGAAAAAAACAAGCAUGUUGAAAACGCUGUUGCUCGCCGGAUUGUUGGCCGUCGCGUUGGCCGCGCCAGCGCCGGCUCCGAUCCCAGCCCCGGCUCCUGCACCGACACCCUCGCCUCUUGCGCCGGCCGCUCUGCUCUCCGCCGCCCCGCUACCGGCCGCUCCACUGCCAUCACCCGUCAUCUCCAACAUCGGCUCGCCGCUACUCUACCCCAACUACCCGGCGUCCAUCUCGGUUGGUUACGCGCCUGCUGCCUCCUACAUUUACAAAAGCUACGUGAUCUAAUCGAAGCGAGGAUCGGAUCUGAACCGCGGAUCGAAGUGGCAGGAACAUCGAGUCGAAUCGAAUUCGAAUAUUUUUGUUUAGAAAGGGAAGGGAAAAAGGGAAUCGAUAAUCUUUCUUUCGAAUCGUUCGAUCUUUCAUUUUUCUUCUUCUCCUUCUGUAUCUUUAGAUCCGUUAUACUGCAAUAAAAACUACUUUUGAACGCAAA